AUGGCCAUCGGUAGACUCCAAGCUGCCCUAGCGUCCGCAACAAACGAAGUAACAGUAGCGGCGGCAAACAUCAACUUUGAUUUUACUUUAGUUAAAUGCGAGGCACCAAAGGAAUACCAAGCGCUUGGCAACGUACUCUCGAAAAAACGCAAAGAGAACGCAGAAUUUGGCUCCAGCCAUGUGCUGGCGAGACAGCUUGGUGCGCUUUUCGACGGCGUCUGCCCUUCAGCCCCUGCAUUGUUAGAAGCAUACGGCAAAAGAGCAUCGGAAAUUGCAAACACCGCAAAAGAGAAAUCAGAGCCUUUCGUUGGAACACUUUUCGGGGAAUACACGGGAAUAGACGGGACCUCGAUUUGGGCCGCUGCUACAUCUUCGACAUGUGCUCUACAUAUUCACCUUCUAGCAUGUAUGCUCGCUCGUGUGUGGACGGCCCCGGAAGCUGUCGCUAUAUGGGUCGAGCUGGUUUCGGAGAGGAAGAAGGAUAUUGCCCGCAAGGUUGAUCAGGGCGAACCAGUCCCGUUCGCACUUGCAGCGGCAGUUGGACAAGACAUAUCCCGGCCUCAGCUUGCUGCAUUGGACAUGAGUGCCAGAGCAUGGCUACAAACCGCCGACGACAUAUUUUGCCGGAAACAAAAGCAACUCGACUUGAUACUCAAAAAUCUUGACCUGCCCAUGGCUGGUGGCUCAGCCGUCUUUCUAAGUGUCAUUGAGACUUGGAUGAUAGCGCUCGAAACUAUGAAUAAGCUUGUUUCAGGUGAGCCUCAGUCAGUUCAGAAUGGUGCUGCCCUCUUAGGUCUAUCAGCCUGGCAUCUAUAUCCAGACAUGAGUAUGUAUAACUCUGCACCCGUCGAAAUCAAAAUGGAAGAUCCAUACGUUUCUGAAGGAGGAAUACUGUCUCUGGGUGUAUCGAGACGGCCGAGUUCGUCCAAGGAAGAGGGGGGUGUACGCUGGUCCCUGUCGUUAUCUCACCUACGCCACUAUGGACGACCGGUCAAUGUUACAACGGGCAUAGAAGCUAACGCGAGGUUGACAUGGUCGCAAUUCAGUCUCGUUGUAUUUGGGGCCUUGCUUGAACGGUUGGGAUCGAAAGAAAUUUCCAGUGAAACAAUUGCUCGGCUUUUUGCAUCUUGGCUUCAGCAU